ACCAAACUUGCUAUUUUUCCUGCUUUGGGUGUCAUCAGUAUUGCUCGUUGUUUAUAAGAACAGAUUAGUAGCGAGUCGCUAAAAGAUAUAUAAGGACUUAUACCGAAAUACAUAAAUUGGCUUGCGGUGCUGUGAAUAUUUCACAAUAUUCAAAAAUAACGAGUCUAACGAGUUUUAUUAAUAUACAAGGAAAACAGUGAAUUUAGGAAUUAUAAGGGCAUUUACGGUUGAGAGUUUUGGUUUGCUUUUUUUUGUAUUUGUUAUUUGUAUCUUUUAAAUAAAAACUAUUAGACCCUUUUUUGCAGUUUAUUCCAAGUCCAACUCAGUUACACACGCCCAGAAGCGAAAAGUUCAGAAUUGUGGAUUUUUGUUCGUUCUGCUAAAUCUUGGAUUAUUCUUGCCUUUCACAAGUCAAGGUCUUAAAAUUAGAAUUUACCUAAUUCUCCUUUAAGCUAUAAUAAUUUUUUGGUCUUCGUACUCAUUGGAACCGACAGAAAAAUGCUUCUCUCUACUUCCUUAAAGGAUGCCGUGGCUAUCAUCAUCGGCUCUGGCAAGUCAGCAUGUAAACGGGUAGAUCUUUGCUUGUCAGAAGAUGUCUCCAAGAUAAUUUGGUUUUGUGAUUCAAGCACGGCUGGUGGAUUUGAUUUGGGUCCUUUCCAACCUGAUAAAGUAGCAGUUGAUAAAGUACAACUUGAACCUAUAAAUUCUUUUGACGUCUCUACUUCGCUGUUCACUUUAGGUAAUGCUUUCACAAAUUAUGUUGUUGAUCUACUCUUUAUUACCGAUUCAAAAUUUCCGUUCAAUGAGAAAAUAUAUGAUGUGUGUAAACGAAACCGCAUUCCUAUUAAUAUCGUGGACUCUCCUUCUUUGUGUUCUUUUACCCUUCCAGCCUGCUGGUCAGAACCCCCGUUACAGAUAGCCCUCAGCACUACUUCCAACGGUUGCCGCAUUGCACAAAGGCUUUUGCGUCACGUUGUCAGUAGUCUUCCGCCAGGAACCGGUGAAGCCGUGCGUCGGUUUGGUGCCGCCCGUUCCUCUACUCAAAACCCACAAAAAAGACAGUGGAUUAACCAUGUCAGUGAAUUUUGGCCUCUUGAAAAACUAAUUCGUAUGUCCGAAGACGAUAUCCUUUCCGUUAUUUCCGAUGAUUAUGUUUUACCUCUCUCCGCUAGUGAACUCUCAUCCACAAGUAGCUCACGAUCAAGCUUGUCCUCUCAAGAAGAUCUUGCAAAAGAAAAAGCUUCUCUUCCUCUUGAACCAAACGACUUUGUUACUAAUAAAAAAGGAAGUAUCGUGCUUGUGGGUAGUGGACCAGGAGAUCCCGAGCUUUUGACCGUUGCUGCCCGGAAUGCUAUUCGAAAGGCAGACUACAUCCUAGCCGAUAAGUUGGUACCAGAAUCUGUUUUAAAACUUAUUCCCCGUCAUACGCCUUUAUUUAUUGCUCGAAAAUUUCCUGGAAAUGCCGACAGAGCCCAGGAUGAACUUCAUGAAGUGGCUUUAGAUGCGUUAACGCGAGGUGAUUAUGUCGUUCGAUUGAAGCAAGGUGAUCCUUAUAUAUAUGGCAGAGGUGGUGAAGAAGUUUUAUUCUUCCAUAAGCACGGUUAUGUUCCAAAAGUUAUCCCGGGUAUCAGUAGUGCGCUUAUGGCUCCAGUUUCAGCUGGAAUUCCCAUAACUCAACGAGGGGUAGCAGAUCAAUUACUGGUCUGUACUGGUACGAGCCAAAAAGGCGCCAUGCCAGUAAUACCACCAUUUGUCGCUUCACAAACAGCUGUCUUUUUGAUGGCUUUGCAUCGUUUGGAUAUUCUCGUUUCCGCUCUAUUGCAAAAUGGUUGGCCUAAAGAUCUUCCCGUCUGUAUAGCAGAGCGUGUCUCUUGUCCUGAUCAACGAUUUAUUUUUUCGACUUUGGGAAAUGUUGUUGAAGUGUACAAUACAUAUGAAUCACUUCCUCCUGGUUUACUAAUUACUGGAUACAGUUGCCAAGCCCUCAGUGAAGUUCCACUGGUGACCAGGCAUAUACACUGAUCCACAUCCAAUAUUUGCUUAUGAGGUAUUCUCGAAAACAAGAAAAAUGGUUACAUCUAGGUCAUUUAAUAAACGCUCAGUUUGAGUCGAACUUUGUCUCCCUUUUUGCUAAUUACUUUAUGAUGGUAUAGCACUACUCUUGGAAAGUUUAGGUUAUUUAUUUACGAGUCUAAUUAAUAAAAGUUCACCCAGUUUCAUCUA